UGGACUUCCCCAAACAGUCUUUUGGUCAGUCGUUGGGCGACACCGAAUGUCUGAGAACUUGUUGGAACCGAAUAGACCAUAGGCUAUAAAGAAUCUGAACACAUUUUCUUGUCAAUGAUAGGCCAUUUUGAUUUCAAAUGUCAUUUACCAUGACUUGCAAACAAGGAGACGUGUUGUUUCAAGGGUAUUUUUUUACACUAUUAUUAAGCUUUAAUCUUAUUUACGGGUCUCCGUCGAGUUAUAACCUGUUUCAAGGAACCGCGCACUCUGGAGCGGUACACAGGCACAGAAAUAGGAACUGGUGUGCAUAUGUCGUACACAAAAAUGUGAGUUGUACCGUUCAGGGAAACGUGGAGAGCUUUGUUGAGCCCGAAGUGCAACCCUGUCCUAUGCAUGAGCCGGACUGCGAGCCACAAGUGCUCCAUAAGACUCGGUUCCGGCCCACCUACAAGACUGCUUACAAGACCGUCACAGAGUUGGAGUGGAGAUGUUGCCCUGGUCACCAAGGUCCAGACUGUAAAGGCUUAAAGGCAUCUCCGAACAGACAAAUAGUUUCAGGAGCGCAGCCUUACCCCCAGUCGAACCCAAGCCAGACAAGACACACACCGAGAGCAGAGCGGAGAGAGACGGGGCAGCAUGAGGCGAGGUACGGUGGCCCAGAGAAGGUACAUGUCCUGGAGGGGGAGGUGCAACGCCUCUCCCAGACCGUCAUCGACCUUCAGACGGCCAUGAUGGGCCUGACUACCAACCUGCGCACCGACCUGCAGGAGGACACCAACAAGAUGCUGGUCACCCUGCUCAACAACAUGAGCCCGCCGGACAGCGCAAGGGCCAGUGAGGGGAGUGCAGUGCAUCUGGACGGCCACCAGGCCACCAGGGGAGGGUUGGCAGGGGACAGGGGACUGGAGAAGAUAAUGGCAAGGCUGGACGAAAUGAACGAUUCCCUAAAGAGUAAGGAUGAGGCUCUGGAGGAGCUGAGGGGAACUGUGACGAGCCAGGAAGGUCAGAUCCGACUGCUGAUGGACGCCUCCCAGUCUCAGACUCCGGCAAUAGAGGAAGGUGGCGCCCCCUCUGACCUGGAUGUCCUACAGACUUACAUUGACAACAAGUUUGAAAAGCUGAAGAAAGAGCUCGACCAGGGCAUGGAGGAGAGGAUGGUUAAGCUCCAGGGUAUGUGCGAUGACAGGAUCCAGUCUGUCCAGAAGACCUGCAAGGAGGAAGGGGAGAAAGGCUUGGUCAGAUUUACAGAGCUGGUGGAUAACAAAGAGGCCGGCCUGAGGAAAGAGAUACGGGAGUUGCGUCUAGACAUGGCUUUGUCCGACGGGCCGGUCCGGACUGAACGGCAAACAGACCCGGCUAAACAGCCGGGGGAUCGAGAUGACCUCAAAGACCUGUGGCGUGAGGUGGAGCGUGUGGCCGAAGCCCACCGGAUUCUGAACGCCCGGAUGGACAACGAGCUGGCGCACUUAGCGGCGCCGAGUUUCGUUGACGAGUAUGGGCCGCUCAUCGAAGAUCUGGAGGCGCGAAUCAAUGUCACCGAGCAGAACGUCGAAGUUCAUUGCUUCUACGUGGAGGAGAAGCUGAGCAAGGCGUUGGCGGAUGAGGUCGCCGCUCUGCAACGGCUCAUGGAAGGACGCCUCAACAGCAUGGAGGACCAGUUCACCAGCAUGCUGGUGGAGAUGAGCAACAGCUCCUUCCCUGGAAUGUUAGGAGAUUCCAUGGAUGCCAUGCAAGCAGAGGUCAACAACAACAAGUUCCUCCUGCAAGGCUUAGAUGAGAAAGUGAAUGCCGUCGGAGAGUUGUGCUCGACGGGAUGCCCUGUAGGUUCAUCCUCUUCGGGUUCGACCGCUCCGGAAAACCUGGCCAGUAUUGUAAAGGACAAUCGAAUUUGUAGGAACGACCUUGACGUACUCAACACAGAAGUUAACGGCAAUACUGACAAACUCAGAGAACUGGAGGAAAUUAUCGACAGGCAGAUGGUGGUGCACCAUCAAAGCACCAAGGCUGUUGAGGACCUCCAGAGGGGAUUCAUCUCCCUCCAGGACAAUGUUGGAGGUUUGACUGGAGCUGUGACAGGGUUAGGAGACUCUGUUAGCAAAUACUUCCGGGAUAUCCAGUGGAUGAAUUCCACAUGUUGCCAGGCUGGGAACACCGGCACUGCCGUUCCAAGUCAAGGACAGGGAGUUCCUGAUGGCACACUGUCCAGACAGCCAGAGUCGCUCAACAAUCAGGUGGAGGAGUUGAAAAGGCAACUGGACGGGCUUAAUACCCAGAUGACUACUGAGCUGGACAGGUGUAAGGAGAGCACACAGGGGGUAUCCGAGGGGGUUUCGGCCAUUGAUGAACGUGUGUCCAGACUGGAGAUGGUGUCUGGAAGACUGGAUGUUGUGUCGGAUAAUGUGAGGGGCCUAAAGGAAGGCCUGGAGAGGCAUGUGUCUGGUCUGUGGGACAAUGUCCGGAGAAUGAAUGGCACCUUGGGGACUCAAACGGGAGACGUCCUUUCCAUGCAGGGAUCUCUGCUGAACAUCCAGACACAGCUCUCAGGACUGGCCAAGCAAGUGCUCGUACUCAAAGAGGCUGCAGCUAAAGAACCAGUUGCGGGAGUCAGACCAGAGAGACCAAGUCCUGGACCUGAUUCCAGAACCAUCCAGAUCCAAUCCAGACCCAGAAUCACCCACAUCCCUCAGAUCCACAUCCCACUCAUCAUCCCCCACAGGGUGGUCCCCGGGACGGCCCGGCCCCCCGUACGCCGGCCCUCUGCCGGCCACCAACCAUCCAUCCCCAGACAGCCAGGCAACCCCCUCCAGCCCAACAACAUUCCCCGCCAUCCAAGCCCACCUAGCCAGCCCGGCAGCCCACGGCAGCCCCCCCUGACGGUGAUCCCAGUCCCACGUCGGCCGGUGUUGGAGACAGGCGAGGCGGGGCCCCCUGGGUACAUGCGGCGGGUGACCGUGAGGAGGGCGCAGGGCUCAGAGGACUCCUCCAUGCCUGUCAAAGGCUUCGCUGGAUCUCCAGGAUACCUUCCUGUAAAACCUGUGUCUUUCAAACCAGACACCAUCCCUGCAGCUGCUCCAGUCCCUUGGAACCCAUCAGACCACCUCCUUGUUGCUUCUCCAGUAUUGUCAGAGAGCAAGGAUGUGGUAGACCCAUUCUCCUUCUCUGCUGGACUCACCCAACAAGGUUUCACUGGUGACUUUGGCACCAUCCGCUUCAACAGAGUGCUGGUCAAUGAUGGCGGGCAUUACAAUCCUCACACAGGUAUCUUCACUGUGCCUAUGGACGGACGCUACCUGAUUUCAGGACUUCUGACCGCACAGCAGGGCAGUGGCGUGGAGGCGGUCCUCUCAGUGUCCAAUCGCAGCGUCCAGAGGUUUCAGAGCUGUAGGGCAGCAGCUGCAGGGCUCCCUGAGGGCAGCUGCACCUGCGGGGGCUCCACGUCCUUCAGCCUGAUUCUGCCCCUGAGGAGAGGGGACAGGGUGGGCCUGCUCAGGACCAGCGGCCAGCUAGCCACCGGCGAGGCCAAGGAGAUCCUCUCCACCUUCAGCGCCAUCUUCCUCUAUGCACCACAGGCUAGCAGAUAGCCGCCAACACCUGCCAAAUGUUGAAGGAGUUGGCUGCCAUUAGCCAAUCACUGAAGUACUUGUCCACCAUAAGCCAAUCACUGAAGUACUUGUCCACCAUUAGCUAUUCACUGAAGAACUUGGUCAUAAUCGGUGAGGCCACAACCAAAUGAGAAGCAAUCAGAAGACGACGUUUGAAGGAAAUUAGCACCUAUUUGGGACUGUUAUGCAGUCUUGUAUGACCUUGUUAUAAUGCAGGCACCAGAAUGUUACUAUUCAACUGAGAGUGAUCUAUACUGUACCAAGUGCUAUAUCAUAUUUAUUCAUGAGUGUUUUUUAUGGUUUGUUUUUAUGAAAACAAAUAUAGUUUAAACUAAAUCCACACUGUCAUUCUAUAUGUACAAAAUUGUUAUUUGUAAGAUGUACUUCAUAUUACAGAAAAUGUUUAACAAGUGAAAAGGACCAUUUGCUACCAAUUAUUAAAAGAAAAUACCACAAUUUAA